AAUUAAUAUUUUUAAAUAAAAAAAUAUAUAAUUAUAUCUUCAACAGCAGAAACUCAAAGCUUCAAAGCCAAGCCAUGGACUUGAGUCCUAAGAAUGGAAUCCAGGAGAAGAAAGCCACCCCGCCAGCGGAAGUUACCAUCGAUAUUCUAUCGAGAUCACCCAUGGAUGCCGAAGAGGGAAGACAGAAGAAAAGAAUCAACUUUGCAGAUGAUCCUUCUAACAGAGCGAUGGUCCAGAUGGAUCUUCAUCUUCUCCCACGGGAGAUUCUGCUCGAAAUCCUAUCAAGACUUCCGAUCAACUCUCUGAUCCGCUUCAAGACCACUUCCCAUGCCAGCUAUGAUUUAAUUACCGAUCCAAGACUCCCUCAGAUGUUCCGCAACCAGGUAAGCGACUCAAAUCCAUGUCUGAUUUUGUUAAACUACAAUUUCCCUGUCUUCCAGUCCCGGCAACUAUUGUUGUCAAAAUCUAGAUUUAAAUCUUAAAAUCUUACGAUUUUACGAUUUCAACAAGACAUUUCGUGUAAAAUCUAUAUUAAAAUUUGAAAUUCAUA